AUGGGUUCCCUUCCUACUGUCCCUCCCUUCAAGGUCUUCAUCGCCGGCACUUCGUAUGCUGGCAUGUCCACGGCCCUCAACCUGCUCGACCUCAGCAAGGGCGAGUCCCCCCGCCUCGCUCACUCCCCGUACGAGCACCACGCCGACUUCAAGAACAUCCCGCUCGACAUCACCAUUGCCGAUGAGCGUGAUGUCCACUUGAUCGGCUCGCCGCUUGCCUUCGCCGACUCUGCCUACGCCGCCAAGUCCUGGGUCAAGUUCCAAGAUAUCCCCUCUCUGCAGCGCCCCAACGUGCGCUUCGUCCAGGGCAGCGUCAGCAAGGUCGACCCGGCCACCAAGACCGCCACCGUCCUCGACCACGAGACGAAGCAGCCCCAGGACUUCUCCUACGACUUCUUCAUCGGCGCCACUGGCCUGCGCCGCGCCUUCCCCGUGGUCCCCCAGUCCCUCACCCGCAAGCAGUUCCUGCUCGAGGCUGAGGAGCAGAUCCACGCCGUCCGCAACGCUCCCGAUGGCGUCAUCGUCGUCGGCGGCGGUGCCGUCGGUAUCGAGAUGGCCGCCGAGUUGAAGCUCGUUGAGCCCAGCACCAAGGUGACCCUGGUGCACUCCCGCAACCAGCUUCUUUCCUCCGAGGGACUGUCCGACCUGUGCAAGGACAAGGCUCUUGAGCUGACCAAGGAGGCCGGCGUCGAGGUCCUCCUCAACACCCGCGUCAAGGAGACGCGCAAGAUCGAGCCCACCGCCAACGGCCGCGCGCGCUACGAGGUUGAGUUCACCAACGGCGACAAGCUCAUCGCCAGCGAGGUCGUCAUGGCCAUCUCCCGCCAGACCCCCUCCACGGACUUCGUUCCCGCCGCCGCCAAGGACGAGGAGGGCUACGUCCCCAUCCACCCCAACCUGGUCUUCUCCUCCGACAUCCCCAACGCCGAGGACCACAUCGCCGUCGGCGACAUUGCCAAGUGGCCCGGAAUCAAGCGUUGCGGUACCGCCAUGCACCACGGCCACGUCGCCGCCAUCAACAUCCACCAGCUGAUGCUGGUCAAGCUCACGAACAAGGAGCACAAGCCCAAGUUCUACGAGCUCGGCUUCGUCGAGCCCAUGAUCGGUCUCGCUGUCGGCAAGAAGGCUGUUGCCAGCAGCUCUGAGGGCACCACGUGGGGCGAGGACGUCAUGCACUCCUACUUCCGUGACGACCUCGGCUUCACCAUCUGCUGGAACCACAUGAAGCUUGGCAAGGCCGACAACUGA